GGUAUGAACUGCAAAACUGAACAGAAACACUGACAACCCAAUGGCCUACAGUGAACACAGACAAUGGUGCUGGUGAAAGAGGAGCUUGAGAAGAUGACAGAUCCACAACCAUGCAGAAUAAAGAAUGAAGAUACUGAGGAGCAAAUAGAUAUGAUGGAAGUGAAAGAGGAGAGUCAAGCUGAAGUGGAUGAGAAACAUCAGAUUGUAAAAAUAAACCAUAAAGUUUCACAGAAAGAAACUCUGAAGACAGAAGACAUAAAGUGUGAAAAUAGUUUCAGUGAAGAUGAACGCCCUGAAGAUCACAAGACGACUCACAGUGAAGAGAAACCUUUCACAUGUCAACUGUGUGGAAAGAGUUUUAGAACAAAAGCUUACCUUAAAGAACACAUGAGGAUUCACAGUGAGAAGAAACCUUUCACAUGUCAACUGUGUGGAAAGAGUUUUAACCGUAAAUCGAGCCUUAGCCGGCACAUGAGAGCUCACAGGGGGGAAAAGCCACACGCCUGCCAGCAUUGUGACAAGAGUUUCCGAGAUAAAAGUCAACUUAACAGACAUUUGAGGAUUCACACCGGAGAAAAAACACACGCAUGCCAUCACUGUGAAAAAAGUUUUACAACUGUCGGUGACCGUAACAAACAUUUGAGGAUUCACACUAGAGAAAAAACACACGCAUGCCAUCACUGUGAAAAGAGUUUUACAACUGCAGGUAACCUUAGAAAACAUUUGAGAAGUCACACUGGAGAGAAACCUUACACUUGUCAUCUGUGUGGAAAGAGUUUCACCUUUAACUCAGGCCUUUUCCGGCACAUGAAAACUCACAGUGGGGAAAAGCUACACGCAUGCCAUCACUGUGACAAGAGUUUCAUAGAUAAAGUUAAACUUAAGAUACACAUGAGAAUUCACACUGGAGAGAAACCAUUUACAUGUCAUCUGUGUGGAAAGAGUUUCACAAUAAAAAAUAACCUUAACGUACACAUGAGGAUUCACACCGGAGAGAAACCACAUCCGUGCCAUCACUGUGAAAAGAGUUUUAUAACUGCAUGUAACCUUAAGAAACAUUUGAGAAUUCACACUGGUGAGAAACCUUACACUUGUCAACUGUGUGGAAAGCGUUUUAUAACUGCAGGUAAACUUAAGACUCACAUGAUGUCUCACACUGGAGAGAAACCUUACAAAUGUUCUCAGUGUGGAAAGAGUUUCAAGACAAAAACAAACCUUAAUACACAUUUGAUCACUCACACCAAAGAGAAAUCGUUCACAUGCCAUGAGUGUGAAAAGAGUUUCAAAACAAAAGCUAACUUUAAAAAACACGCAAGAUUUCACACUCAAUAGAAACCAUUCAGAUGUCAACAGUCUGGAUAUGGCAACAAAGUUUAGAAAUCAGCUGAGGUCUUAUUUAUAAAACUGUCUGGAGGAUCCUUACUAAAAGUCUACGUGCACACAAAAGCCAAAAAUGGCAUAUGGCAAAAAAGAUCCAGGCCGUUUCUCAAUAUGUGUUCUUGUGAAACCUCAUCAGUUGUGGCCCAAGAACUGUUCCAAUUCCAAGUUCACAUCAAGUCAAGUUCAUAUAACAUCUCAGGAUGUGUUCUUGAUCCGCUCAUUUUAUCGAGGAUGCAUCAGAAGGUGACUUGUGACUUGCGACAGAAAAGUUUCCCAGAAUGCAUUUCACGUCAACGGCAUUGGAGCUUGAAGUCUGCACAAUAUUUGAAAUAUUACUCUUUUUGUGUCAUAAAAUGUAGCCAUUUAUUCAAGAAUAUAGAUGAAUAACCUUCAAAUCUGUGGUCAGUUAGUAAUGAUUGAGCCUAUAUUAACAUUUCCUCUGAAAAUUUUGGAUAUUUGAGUUCAGGUUGAUUAGUGGGUUUUCAGCGCCGUGUACACCACCCAGAGCAACCUCAUCUCUGCAAGUCCUUCUGGAAUUUGCCGCUAUCUCAGUGCAGCUGCUCUGCCCUUCAUUGUCUGAUGGUCAAACAUGAAAUAUUCCCUUCGGAUAUAUAUAUCAUCAAUAAAGUUUUCUUUAUUAUU